AACUUAAACCAAGAGUGUGCAGAAUAACAAGGACUGCUGCUGAAUAACUACACCAACUACUAUACUCGGGAGGUCCAAGGAAUAGAAGCUUUGCCAUUUUGAGGCAAAUUUUUGAAAGUAGUUGUCUGUUGAGGGCGUCAAGCAUCGAUUACUUUAAUUCCAAUUCGAAAGGCUCAUUCUUUGGAUACAAGGAUGCUGUAGUAGUAUGGUUUCAAUCCCUGUUCGUGCGAAUAAUUAAGUUUGGAAACCUCUCAAUAUGCAUAACAAAGGCUUUUGCGGAAUGGGUUCGAAUGUGGAUAACGAAGGUAGUGAUAGUUUUGGUUGGGAUACCGAAGAUGAGCAAGAACUUAUGUUGCCGUCCAGUGCGAGUCCAACAUGUUUUGGUAAUGGUUUUGUAGGAUGUUCUGAUGAGGCAAGUUCAUCUGCUGGGCCUUCUACUAAGUUGAUCUCACACUUUGUUGGAAUGGGUUUCUCAAGAGACAUGGUAUUGAUGGCAAUCGAUGAAAAUGGAGAAGCAAAUACGGACGCAAUACUGGAGACCCUGCUAACGUAUUCAGCUCUUGAGAAGUCUCCGCCAAAAACGGAACAUGUUGCUUGUGAAGGAGAACAAUUUGCGUCAGAAUGGAGUUCUUCUGAAAGUGCAGGGGAUUUUUUGGAUGAUUUCUCAGAUGAGGAUUAUCUCGGGAGCGAGGACAACGAUGAGAAUCUGUCAGAGAUGGAGAGGACUUUAAAGCAGCUCGUGGGUAUGGGUUACCCUGCAGCUGAGGCUGCAAUUGCUAUUGAAAGAUGUGGCCAAGAUGCUUCAAUUAUGGAGCUGACUGAUUUUUUAUGUGCUGCUCAAAUGGCCAAGGCAGCAGAUGCUCUAUUGGAGGAGCUACCUCGUUUUGGUUCCAAUGAAGGAGAGCAACGACGAAAUUACUUCAAUGGUGAUCCACGUAAGAAGAAAAGAUUUUAUGCAGAUGAUAAUUGGGAAAGAAAAAGACAGAAACAACGAGUAAGACGUAGAGAUCCAGAUGAAGAGAUAGAUACCACCAUUAUACCAAAUCCUAUGGUUGGUUUUGGAAUUCCAGGUGAACCUUGGCGGGCAAGACAUCAAAGAACACUUCCAGAUGAAGCUAUUGGACCACCGUACUUCUAUUAUGAGAAUGUAGCUCUUGCCCCAAAAGGUGUUUGGAGCACGAUUUCUCGUUACUUAUUUGAGAUUGAGCCAGAGUUUGUAGAUUCAAAGUACUUCAGUGCAGCAGCCAGAAAAAGAGGCUACAUACAUAAUCUUCCAAUUGGCAAUAGGUUUCCUCUUUUACCGAUUCCCCCACAGACAAUCCAUGAAGCAUUGCCGAUGACAAAAAGGUGGUGGCCUACAUGGGAUUCUCGAACAAAGUUGAAUUGUUUACAAACGUGUUUGGCGAGUGCACAAUUGACUGACAGGUUGCGCAAGGCUGUUGAGGAUUAUAAUGAUAACCCACCUCUUAAUAUCCAAAAGUAUGUAAUGGAGCAAUGCAGAAAGUGGAAUUUAGUUUGGGUUGGAAAAAACAAAGUUGCUCCUCUUGAGCCGGACGAGAUAGAGUCUUUAUUAGGUUUUGCUAAAAACCACACACGCGGAGGUGGAAUCAGUAGGACGGAAAGAUUAAAAGGACUUGGCAAUUCCUUUCAGGUUGACACCGUUGCCUACCAUCUUUCGGCCUUGAAGGAUAUGUACCCAAACGGCAUGACAGUCCUCUCGCUUUUCUCUGGUAUUGGCGGUGCCGAAGUUGCUCUAUAUCGGCUUGGUAUCCAUUUGAAAACAGUUGUUUCUGUUGAAAUUUCAGAAACAAGUAGAAACAUUCUUCGUAGUUGGUGGGAGUCUACAAAUCAAAGUGGAAAUCUGAUUGAUAUCGAUGAUGUGCAAAAAUUAGACGCUGAUAAGUUAGAGCAAUUGAUCAACUCAUUUGGCGGAUUUGAUUUAGUAAUUGGAGGAAGCCCGUGUAACAAUUUAAGUGGCAGUAACCGAGUGAGUCGAGAUGGGCUUGAGGGGUUUGAUUAUGCAGGGACCAAAGCAAGCUGUCAAGGCUGCAUCUCUGGGAAUGGCUUUUAUAUGUGGAAGCCUGUAUUUCUUGAGAUCAGCUUGCACAAUGAUAUGAGCUUGUAAAGAUGGGCUGAAUUUUCGAUGAAUGGUUAGCACUCAACUGACUAGAGCAAAAUAUGAGCCAUACCCAUUUUCAUCUCAUUCUUUACACUGUUGUCUGAAAUUGGUGCUAUGAAUCUGUCCACAGUUCUGUUUAUAUUGCUUCAGAACUUCCAUCCAUCCUGUAAAUUUGUUUCAACUUCUUUUUAGCUCUAAAAUUUAGAUUUGGCGCUUUUGCAAGUCCUACAUAUUGCAAAGCGACUGUCUGUCACAGAGUCAGUGGUUAACCCUGAAGGGUCCAGUUAUGUAAAUCGGUCCUCAGGCUUCCAGCCAUGUUUCAGUCAUUAUCACUUGGUAUCCACCUGAGGUGCAUGUUUUUUGAGCCAUUGUGACUGUCAGUAUAUCAGUUCCAGGCUUCCAGAUAAA